AUGUCCGAUCCGACCACAAAACGCCGUCUCCCCAAAGCAACCUACUCCCGCAAGGCGCCCACCUCCUACCCCACCAAGCGCCGCCGCCUCACCUCCACCAGCCCACCACCAUCCUCCUCCCUCCCACCAACCUCAGAUGCAGAAGAAGAUGCCCCCAUACAACCCUCACUGCCAUCGUCCCCCUCGCCGCUGCCCUCAUCUCCUCCACCCAGGAGGUCGGCAUUCACCUUCCUAACCCGCACCACCCAGACCCCACGGGCCCCCGCAAAACACAAGAAGCGCCCGCAAGCCCCACCGCAGCCAAAGCUCACUCAGUCCAUCAUCGACCUCGGGCAGGCGCUGCGCAUCACCUGCCGCACAUGCAGGAUGUCCUACCACCCCAGCACGCCCGACGACGAAGCAUUGCACAAGCGCUUCCACGCCAAGUCUGUCGGCGGCGUCGACUUCCCUUAUACUAACAAGAGCGGGAAGACCGUCUGGCGCGGUGACGGCGAGGAGGACGUAAAGGUUCUGCUUGUGGACCGAAAGAGCGCGCCGGCUGAGAAGAGGAAGGUCAGGGAGGUGGUGGAGGUGGUGGACGCCGAGCUGGGGGCCGCUGAGAUUGCGGACACGGUGCUGUGGCAGGAGGAUGGUGAUGGCGGGGAUAGGUUUCGGGUGUAUGUCUAUGUGCAUGGGAAGAAGUGCGUGGGUUUGCUUUUGGUCGAGAGGAUCAAGAGGGCUUAUUAUGUCCUUGAUGAGCCUACCGCCGUCGCCGCCACUGCUACGAAGCAAUUAGAGCAGAAGGAGCUGGAGGGGAAAGAAGGCGAGGGCAAGGCUAAGGGCAACGAUAGUAAGCCCCCCUCGGCGAUUUCUACUUCUGCCUCUUCGUCGGUCUCGAUCUCGUCCACGCCGCAGAAGGCACUCAUGGGCGUGGCCCGCAUCUGGACGUGCUCCUCUAGCAGGCGCAAGGGCAUUGCGCGAAGGCUGCUUGAGUGUGCUCGGAGCACAUUUAUAUACGGCAUGAGUGUCGAGAAGGGCCUGGUAGCCUUCAGCCAGCCGACUGAGAGUGGUGGUGCCUUGGCCAGAGGGUGGUUUGAGGGCGAGGAGGGAUGGAAGGUUUAUGUUGAGGAACCGUGA